AUGGCCAACUUGCUCAAUCUGCGCGAAGCGCAACACGGAGUGCAUCUACACAGGGGCACCACGACGGCGUGGGCCAGUAAGCAACAUGUGCAGGACCUCGAGCAGAGGCUCCGCAAGAUGGAGGCGAUGAUGCAACAGCAACAGCAUCAGCAGCAGCAGCAACAGGGUACUGGGAGAGGUGAAGCAUCGCUUACACCCCGAAGUCGUGAGAGCUCUACAAGUACCGGCCAGGAGACAAGUCGGCGAGAGCUUGUGCCAGAUCCAGACCUGAGGGUGAGCGAUCCGGACUCAGGGGCAGCCACACGGACAGACCGCGGCGAUGCAGUCGACAGGCGUAUAAGGCAUACGGCAGGCCUGCUUGACCCGGUCUUGUCUGCCGUCUCGUUUUCACCGCCACAGCCUGCACCGAAGCCUGCGCUCGACAAGAUUCGUGACAGGCUCCGGGGCUCAAUGCACCUGCCAAAUUUCAUGGCAAAGUCCCUGGAGAGGCUGUACUCGAGCAACGAGAUAGCUUGGUUUGUCGCACCACUGCUGGACGAGAUCAACGCCCAGUUCCCCGUGCUCGACGUGGACAGGCUCGUGCGGCGCAUCGAGGACAUGACGACCUCGCCCGACCGCAGUGCAGCAUGGACAACCAUUAUCGAGAGCAUCAUGGCCCGCGUUGUGCUCGUCCGUGCCGCCGCGGACGGUGUGCGUCGGUGCUACGACAUGGCCUGGGACCAGAUGAGCACCAGCCUCGAGCGGCUCUCGUCGUUAUUGCUGGACGCUGACGCCGACGCCAACGGCGAUGUCGUCGAUGCGCUGCUCUCGAUGGUGCUCUUCACCAGGGGCACUGCCGACACGAGAACGACCGCCAUGCUCGUCCGCAGCGCCUUGCAGAGCCGCUGGGUGGCAAGCAAGAGCGAUCCCGCACCCUCAGCAGUUGCUGAUGACAAGACCCGCGACCUGGCAACGCGCAAGAUCUGGGCGCUCUACGCGAUCGACCAGGAGCUGUCCCUCACCCACGGCAUGCCGCCCUCGAUCCGCGAGCUCGACAUUGACCAGACCAUCUACCCGUUGGACACGCGGGCUUCCACCGAUGCUCCCGUCCCCGUCAAGUCUCGCCCGCAGGGCCACUUCUGGGCCCGCGUCCGGCUCGCGACCAUCACGGCCGAGAUCCACGCGCGCCUAUACAGCCCGCGUGCCGCCGCCAGCAGCAGGGGCCAGAGCGCCGGCGCCAUCCUCGCCUGUGCCACCGACCUGCACGCGGUCCUGCGCAACCUGACCCUCUCCAUCUGUCCGGCCACGGCGUUCGCGGCGCAGCAGCUCCCCGGCAGCAUGGGCGGGUUCCUAGGGGUUGACCUGGCGCUACCCCUGGCCGACGUGUCGGUCGUGUCGCUGCACUUUGGCUUCUGCAAUGCCGGCAGCAUGAUAUACCACGCUGUCCUGCGGGCGGAGAACACCCCGCCCAUCGCGCGCGAGAAUGCCAGAGCAUACUGUCUUGCCGCCGCGCGGUCGACGCUGUCCGCCCUGCAAUCCUGGCCGCCGGCGACACUUCCGGAGUUGUGGCAACUGCUCGCAUACCCCCUCGCGGCAGCACUUACGAUCCUCGAAGCGCUCCUCAUCCACCAGUAUGGCGAGGAGGACCCGGGGGAAGACGCCAAGAUCAUUGCCCAGCUGGGCCAGUAUCUCCGCCAGACCGCCAUGGUCAAAGGGUUUCCUCUCGACAGCCUGAUCGCGGGGUGUGAUGAGAUGGCGCGGCUCGCGCAGAUCGCGGCGCACAGUCCGACCCACAGGUUUAUGGACAUGGUCAUCAUGACGACUGUGCGCGAUCUCUUAUCGCAGGCCACAUCCCCGAUCUAUAUUGCACAGGGUCUCAUUGGAAAUCUGCCCACGCCAGACUCCAGGAUAUCCCGAGAGCUGGCGAAACACCUUCUGUGCAGUGAGCUUGUCGCAGAGAUGCCGGCUCAUCGAGCGCCGUUUGCGCCAGAUAUAUUGCACCACCAUGCCAUGCGCCCAAAGAAGGCGUAG